AAAAUUUAUGGUUGGCAUAGGGCUAGCCCAACAACGAUUUAACCUCUAUGAUACAUCCGUACCUAAUGAAGAUGAUAAAGAAAAAUACGAAUCCAUGCCAUCCGAGUAUCUAAAGUUAGCAGAUCUUUGACUGUUCGAUACGCCUAUCCCCACUACAGAUCGGGAACUAUCAUCCAAUGAAAAUGGUUUCGUUGGGAGAUCGGCUUAACAUGUCACCUUUCUUGGCUAUAAAUACGAAACGGUGCUGAUGAAACGAUUAUGCGCCCGCUGAAAUGCUCGUAUUGGUUGGGUGUGUAUGAUAAAUCAAAAGUCGGGCGUGGAAACAUAAUAGCUAUGGGUUUGAACUUUUCAACUUCAACUCCACCGACAUUCGUUUAAAAUGGCAAAUCGUAUAUGGCGGUAUUGGCUAGCCGCCUGUCUAACCAUCGUUGGAGUUUUCGCUUCAUCAAAUGCGCCGCGUGCGACUUGGCCGAACGGGCCUUUCGUCACUUCGGACCGGUGGAUCCAUGAUGCCGCCGGCUCAACCGUCACCUAUGUCGGCGUUAACUGGCCGGGAUCGCUCGACACCAUGAUCCCGGAAGGUCUACAGUAUCAGUCUAUUGAAUCAAUCAUUUCCCGGAUCAAGAGUCUAGGCAUGAACACGAUUCGGCUCACAUACGCCACUGAGAUGAUAGAUCAAUACUAUGAUAAUGGGGAGACCGACGUAACGAUUCAGAAGGCUCUCACCGAUGCUUUGGGACAGGAUGGUGGAAAGGCAGUGUACGAUAAGAUCAUUACCAACAACCCGUCUUUGAAUGCAAAGACGACGCGGUUACAGGUUUAUGACGCUAUUGCGGCUGAGUGUGCGAAGCAAGAGAUCUAUGUCCAUUUAGAUAACCAUAUCUCAAAAGCUGGCUGGUGCUGCAGCCCCCUUGACGGGAACUCCUGGUGGGGGGACGAAUUCUUUAACAUUGAGAACUGGACCCGAGGCCUAUCUUUCAUGGCAACUCAUGGGAAAACAUGGCCAAGCCUUACGUCGAUGUCUCUGCGAAAUGAGCUUCGCAUACCCCUGAACAACCUUACACUUGCCAGCAGCUCCUACAGCUGGGAACGCUGGUAUACUUAUAUCAAACAAGGCUCAAGCGCCAUUCAUAAAGCCAAUGAAGAUGUCCUGAUAUUCCUCUCAGGUCUAGAUUCAGAUCUAGAUUUAAGCCCUGUAGUUAACGGAACAGCACUCACACCCGGAUCGGCUACGUUUAAUAAAGACGAUUUCUCAGGUUUCGCGAAUAAACUGGUUCUUGAGCUGCAUGCAUACGACAACAUCUUCGGACCUGGGCCUAGCAACUGUACUACGGUUCAAGUCAAAUUGUUUAAUGCUGGAUUCAAGGCCUUGACAGACGAAGCUAAGAAUCAGUUCCCAGUUGUCUUGACGGAGUUCGGUCUCGUACAGAAUGGCACAGCGGCGCAAGACCCAUAUAUCUCAUGCCUCUUAGAUUAUGUACCUUCGGCGAAUGCUGGCUGGAUGAUCUGGGAAAUAGGGGGAAGCUACUAUAUCCGCGAAGGAACUCAGGAUCACGAUGAAAGCUGGGGCUUAUUGACACACGAUUGGUCAGAUUGGAGGUCUUCGGAUUUUGCCAAUAACGCCCUAGCAUCUGCGGCAAAACGAACAUUCACAAUCGACCCGAACUCAGCAGGCAAUAUUUCUCCCGGCACAGCCAACAGCGAUAAAUCCCAGGGGGCGAGUAUGAUAGCCAUGCGCGCUUCAGCUUUCUUCGAUUUACCACUAUCACUCCUCGUCGCGAUACUUGUUGGGUUUGUAUCUGUUUUUUAAUAUAAUAUAAUGCUAGAUGAGCAUGGGCUUCAGCGCCUAGAUAUUAAUAAGAGCUGAAUUAUGGACA